CUUCAUCCUCACUCACACGAAUCACUGAAAGGAAAAAACUCUCAUUGCCAAAACGACGUCGUUUAUCGGUUUCUUCCUUCAUCUCUUCGAUUCCCGUUACGCUAACAGACCUGGACUCGCAGCAUUUGAACUCUCCCUCCUCCGCCGCCGUUUCCUGCAACGGCAAGAUCCGCCACCGGUCGCCAUCCUCCACCGAGCUCCUCGACGGCCAUACUGCCACCUCGCCGUCGUCCUCCUCCGUGGAGCUGCCAGAACUCGGAUUCGGAAGAAUGCUGAAGCGGUUGCCGCACGAGUCGUCCUCCGACAAGAUUUACCAGCUCCGCGGAGCGCUAAUGAUGGUGGCCGUUCCUUUGGUGCUCGUCACGAUUGUGCUUUACGUGUUGCCUUCCAUUUCCUCCAACGAGUCCAUCGAAGAUUACACCCUCACGCACCGGAAGAUUUCGCCCGAUAACAGAGCCUCUAGCUCCUACGCCGUCGUUUUCGAUGCUGGCAGCUCCGGCAGCCGCGUUCACGUUUUCCACUUCGACCGCAAUCUCAACCUUGUUCACAUUGGCAAAGAUCUCGAGCUAUUCGUUCAGAUUAAACCAGGUUUGAGUGCGUAUGCACAGAAUCCACAACAGGCAGCGGAGUCUCUGAUUACACUUCUGGACAAAGCUGAAAGUGUUGUUCCUCUGGAGUUUCGCCCCAAAACACCUGUUAGAGUAGGGGCAACUGCAGGAUUGAGAGCUUUGGAAGGGGAUGCUUCUGACAGGAUCUUGGAAGCGGUCAGGGAAUUGCUUAAGCAAAGGAGCACUUUGAAAUCUGGGCCUAAUGCUGUUACUGUGCUGGAUGGAACCCAAGAAGGUGCUUUCCAAUGGGUGACUAUUAACUAUUUGCUGGGAAACUUGGGAAAAGAUUAUUCAAAGACUAUUGGGGUUGUUGAUCUUGGAGGUGGAUCUGUUCAAAUGGCAUAUGCCAUCUCAGAGGCAGAUUCUGCCAAGGCUCCAAAAGUACCUGGUGGAGAGGAUCCAUAUGUCAAGGAGAUGUUUUUAAGGGGAAGAAAAUAUUACCUCUAUGUUCACAGUUACUUGCACUAUGGUUUGCUAGCAGCUCGCGCAGAAAUUUUAAAGGUUUCUGAUGAUUCUGGCAACUCGUGUGUUUUAGCUGGCUUUGAUGGGUAUUACAAUUAUGGAGGAAAGUCAUUCAAUUCCUCAUCGUCCCCAUCUGGCUCAAGAUUGAAUGAAUGCAAAACCAUGGCUCUUAAAGCUCUCAAAGUUAAUGAGUCAAAAUGUACACAUAUGAAGUGCACAUUCGGAGGGAUUUGGAAUGGUGGCGGCGGGGAUGGACAGAAAAACCUUUUUGUUGCCUCAUUUUUCUUUGACCGUGCUGCCGAGGCGGGUUUUGCCGAUCCAAACUUGCCCAUUGUCAAAGUUCGUCCUGUGGACUUCGAGGUCGCAGCUAAGCGAGCUUGUCAAACAAAACUUGAGGAAGCAAAAUCAGCUUAUCAACGUGUGGAGGAGGGGAACCUACCAUAUUUAUGCAUGGAUCUUGUAUACCAGUAUACAUUACUUGUAGCUGGAUUUGGUCUCGAUCCACGGCAACAGAUUACAUUGGUGAAAAAGGUUCAGUACCGUGAUGCUCUUGUUGAAGCAGCAUGGCCCCUCGGUAGUGCCAUAGAAGCUGUGUCAUCUUCGUAAUGAGGCCAGUAUGAAAACCAAGUACUAUUAGAAUUAUUCGUUCAAAAUACAGCUCCAACGGAGUACUAUCACAAGUCUUUCAGAGAUGAAAUUGAAAUUAGAAACGGGUCUUUGUUUUAAUAAUAAUGAUAGAAGAUAGACUCGUCAAUUUUCAUUUGUAAUUAUUUUGGAAAAAUAUCGGUUCGCAUAUUCGAUUCAUUUUGUUCAUUCAUAUUUGUAACAGGUAGAGACAAACUUACAUAAUGGUGAUAUUCAUAUUAUUCCAAUUUUGAUUGAUUCAUGGAAGCAAUUAAUCAUUGCCUUCG